CAUUCAGAUUAGGGAAAACGCAUUUGUGAAAGCGGAAGAGUACACAGCAAACAAUGGAGGAGGAAAACAAUGACAGCAGACAGCACCCAUCAUCAAGAAGUCUUAGAGUUACUUUCCUGGCAUCUGAAUGGGGAUCAAGCAAAGGAGGCCUCUCCACGUUAAACAGGGAAUUAGCAAUGAACAUUGCAAAGAACCCAAGAGUUAAGGUCAGUUACUUUGUUCUAAGUUGCAAUGACGAGGACAAGAAAGCAGCUCAAAGUCACAAAAUAGAACUUAUAAAGGCGGCAAAGUGGCCCGGCUUCGAUGAAAUGGACUGGCUCAGCUUUCCACCAAAGGAUUUGCAAAUCGACGUUGUGGUUGGACAUGGCGUUAAACUUGGCCAUCAGGCACAAAUCAUAAGGAAGUACCACAAAUGUAAAUGGAUUCAUGUUGUCCAUACAGACCCUGAGGAACUAGGGAUAUAUAAAGAAUAUACUAAUCCAAUUUCGAAUGCUCAGAAAAAGCAUGAAACAGAGGUAGAACUUUGCGAACUAGCUGACCUCGUUGUACCAGUUGGCCCCAAAUUGUACAAAGCGUUUCAUUCUUAUCUCGCCUCGUGUAAGGAAGAGCAAUAUUUCUUCAAAUUUACUCCUGGAAUUCUGGCAGAAUUCUCUGAAUUAAAACAAGGUCUAGACAAACGAGAAGUUUGUAAAGUCUUGUGUUUUGGUCGUGGAGAUUCGGAGGACUUUAAAUUAAAAGGUUUCGACAUUGCAGCUCGAGCUGUGGCUAAGUCGAGUCAUUGUAUUCUGUUAUUUGUUGGUGCUGCUAAGGGAAAACUUGAGGAGACACAAACACGUUUCCUCGAUUUUGAUAUCCUUCCCAGCCAGCUGAGGGUGCGUCCGUUUUUGGAUUGCCGGGAAGAUUUGAAAAAGGUAUUUUGCGAAGCAGACCUUGUGGUUAUGCCGUCGAGAACUGAAGGCUUCGGGUUAACGGGUCUUGAAGCCUUGUCAGCUGGUCUGCCUAUUCUUGUGAGUCGAAAAUCAGGAUUUGGAGAAGCUUUGAUGAAAGUACCAUUUGGCCGGAAUUUUGUGAUUGAUUCAGAUGAUCCAGAUCAGUGGGCCAAAGCAAUUGAGGAAUUCUGCAACAACGACAGAAGCAGUCGACUUGAAGAGUGUGAAAAACUGCGAGACUUCUACCAGAAAAAGUACAGUUGGAAAAAACAGUGUGAAUCUCUCAUUGACAUAAUGAUCAGCAUCACUCCUAACGACAAGUCUGAAGAUUGUGGGGGUGCAACAGAAAAGUCCACAUUGUCUCACCAGAAGGAAGUCAGUUACAGCCUUUGUUCAGGCAACCAAUUGGUAGCAAACAUGACACAUUCCACCCUAGUUGUCGAACCAUUUGCUAACAUUUCAGCGCAAGAGUUGCUAAGAAAUACCCACGGGUUGUUCGGAUGGGUUAGAAAGGAGGAGACAGGGAUACGAUCGAUGGUGAAAGCACUUGACUGGCCCUGGCGUUAUAUGAUCCUCAGUAAAGGAUGUCUGUACUUAUUUAGACAUUCCGACGACCAAAACUUUUGUGAGGCAGUCCCUCUCAGCAGCUUCAGAGUGUGUAAUGCCCCUAAGAAAUCUAAGUACUCGUGGGUUUUCAAACUGAUUCAUACAUUUGACGUCAAGACGUUGGUGUUCGCCGUGGAUACAGAUUUUGAUUUGAAGAAAUGGCAAGACGCUAUUGCAAGAGACAUGGAAAAGUAUUGCGGUGAUUCAUCGUGGGCAGAAGACGCCGACAGAUACUGUUCUAUCGACGAUGACAUAUCAUCCAAACGACUAAGUCGUGUCCAAACAUUCCAACCGAGAGAACGACGGCCUGCGCCUCUUCAGGGGACUAGAUGCCCUCAUUCUUGUUCAUUUUCCCCUCCUGAUCUACGGCAAAAGCCACUGCCUCCCCCUCCUGAUACAUCGCAAAAGCCAUUGCCUUCCCCUUCUGAUAUAUCGCAAAAGCCAUUGCCUCCCCCUCCAGAACAGGAGAAACCAAAAUUUGCAAGAAGACCCACUUCUGAUCCGAUGCCCGCAACACUGCCUCUCCCACCUGUGCCGCCUAGACAAUCAAGCCCAGCAACAAGGGGGAGAUUUCCAGGACUUUCAUCAGAUUCACCAGGUCUAACAACUCAGAGACUUGAGGGCGUAAUUAAUCAACUUCAAAAAGCCGUGGUAAAUCCUACAGGCUCUGCGUCCGCUUUACCAUCCCCUCCUAAAGCUGGCCCAGCAGCUCUUCUCAAACCAAUGAAGCUCGGAAGAGGUGACCCUGAUGGACAAAGCUUUAAAGUCAAACACAAGGAAGGAGUCUUUCCAACUUCAGCAUUGCUACGUGACGUAGACAAGCCGGAGGCCAGUUCCCUUCUUAAGAACAAACAUGGCGUUUAUAUUCUGCGUAAAAGCCAAACUACACGGUCAAAGAUGGCGUUGUCGGUGUGUACUGGUGACCAAAUUCGUCAUUAUGUGAUAUUCCAUGAUCAGAAUCAAGGGUACGCUCUGCAACCUGAAGGGCCAAGAUUUGAUAAACUAGAGGAAAUGAUAGAGCAUUACUACGACUUCAAUCUGCCUAAGUGUGACGCAAAACUCACGAGGCCUCACCGAUCAUGAUCAGUGCAGACGACGUGACUGGAGAAGAUUUUUAAAUUGACAAAAAAAAAAGAAAAAAAAAGCCUAUAAGUAAAUCGAGUGCUUGUUUGGAUUGCAAGCAAUGACAAUUCUUGUUUAUGCUCUUCUCUUGUACAAAGGAAAACUGAAGGCGCAGUGCAGCCUUCGAAAUAUUUACUUUAUAGCUAUAACUCACUUUCUUAUCCAGGUCUUUCAUAAUUAUGGACCUGCUCCUCUGUCCACGGAGUGGACGACCAAUUAAGUUGACUACUAAAGAGGAGCAUGCAGAAAGCCCGUACGCGUGUAGGUUUAGAUUUUUAAGAAAUAUGACAUAACUGCACAGAAAUAUUAAUCCAACUCAAGAAAUUUAAAUUAUCAAGUUUACAAUUAAUUAUGUUUACAUAAUUAUGGACCUGCUCCUCUGUCCACGGAGUGGACAGACGACCAAUUAAGUAGACUACAAUAGAGGAGCAUUCAGAAAGCCCGUACGAGUGUAGGUUUAGAUUUUUUAGAAAUAUGAUAUAAGUGUACAGCAAUAUUAAUCCAACUCAAGAAAUGUUCAUUAUCAAGUUUACAGUUCCUAUAUCGUGCGUUCGUUGAGGAACCCUUAUCCAGGGCACUCUGUGCACAUAUGGGAGUGUCCGCUCGAAGGGCGUUCCCCAAACGAAGUUCGCAUUAUGGGGGCAGUGCUAGGAGCACCAGCCCUCCACUGCCGUUUUUCGAGUUUGGUUCUUUGGACUUGGCGGCAUCGUGCACAUCAGAAUGGAGUGCAGCGUAAAUUAAUUCUCUACUCAAUUUCUUCAUGUGUUUCUUUUCUCCAUCACACAAUGGUCCCCUAAAUUUUUUGGUCUUGGCUAGAUUGUACAACAACUAUCUGCGAUAGACUAAAGGACUUCUUCACUCCAUUUCUGCCUCGUAAUUAUUUUAUGGCUGGUCGAGAAAUUACCACAGGUUUUAUCUCUUGGCCUAACAUAUUGCCAACAAAGGUUCUGGGACACGUGACUACGGAAAACAAGUUUCAAACUUUGCACUCAAU